AUUCCAUUUAUUUCUUCGCCAACUCAGCUUUUUCCCUAAUUCUUGAUUUUACGACGUGGAAACGAAAGAUCUCAGGUCGCCUGAGUUCUGCGAUUGAAUAUACACCAAAUUCUGUCUGGUGAAGGAACCAUUUUGUCAAACCACCCACUACAUGCGCUGAAAGCCACAUUACUGCUUUUUUCUACCCCCCUUACUUUCCACACAUAAUUCAAGAUGAGAUUGGACGUAAAGGUGAGAAUCACUUCUUUUCCUGCCAGCAAUCUGCGACAUUGGCAUAGCUGUCAAAUGCUAUGACUUCUUUGGUUAUACCUGCGAAUCAGGAUAGUAUCAACAACCUCAAACUGAGGGAGACGGUAUUGGUUGGGAAUAUGGCAUCAAUUACUAAUUCGAUUUACAAAUGUCAGAGGCAGCUAUUUGCACGAUCGGAAAGAGUGAAGGGAAUUGAUUUCCAUCCAGUCGAGCCAUGGAUUUUAACCACACUAUACAGCGGUAUGUUCCCGGGCGCAUGAAGUCUGGGGAUAGAGUAUUGAUACUUUUCAGGUCAUGUUUAUAUUUGGUCUUACGAAACUCAAGUUAGUAGCAUUUGUCUCGCGAUCCCCUCCUGCGCUGACCAUUUGUAGGCCAUCGUCAAGACAUUCGAGUUGACGGAUGUCCCUGUUCGAGCAGGUAGAUUUAUUGCUCGAAAGAAUUGGAUUGUUUGCGGUUCCGACGACUUUCAAUUACGAGUUUACAAUUACAAUACUUCGGAAAAGAUCACCACCUUCGAAGCCCAUCCAGAUUAUAUUCGCGCCAUCGUUGUUCAUCCUACGCAGCCUUUUGUUUUGACCGCCUCUGAUGAUAUGACAAUCAAGUUGUGGGAUUGGGACAAGGGUUGGAAAUGUGUGCAGGUAUUUGAGGGACACAGCCAUUAUGUUAUGGGUCUGGCUAUCAAUCCAAAAGACACAAACACAUUUGCAUCGGCUUGUUUGGACAGGACGGUAAAGAUCUGGAGUUUGGGAUCAUCCACAGCAAACUUUACGCUCGAGGCCCACGAAACGAAAGGUGUCAACCAUGUUGAUUACUACCCUCAAUCCGACAAACCAUAUCUUCUCACUACUUCAGACGACAGGACAGUCAAAAUUUGGGAUUACACUACGAAAUCUUUAAUUGCAACGCUAGAAGGCCACACCAGCAAUGUCUCGUUCGCAUGCUAUCAUCCAGAAUUACCCGUAAUUAUCUCCGGUUCUGAGGAUGGCACCGUCAAAAUAUGGCAUGCAAAUACAUACAGAUUGGAGCAGUCUUUAAGUUAUGGAUUGGAGAGAGCUUGGUGUGUUAGCUACCAAAGAGGGAAGCAGGGAGUUGCUGUGGGUUUCGACGAAGGUGCGGUGGUUGUAAAGAUGGGUCGAGAAGAGCCUGCAGUAUCGAUGGACAAUUCCGGAAAGUUGAUUUGGGCUAGACAUAGUGAAGUCGUCUCAUCUAUCAUCAAGGGCGGAGGUAAGUUUAUUUAUUUUUUUUUGCUUACGAGGUUAUGACUAAAUCGUGUGUAGAUGCUUCAGUGAAAGAUAACGAACCAAUUUCUUUACCUACGAAAGAUCUCGGCACUUGCGAAGUAUAUCCACAAACCCUUCUUCACUCUCCGAAUGGACGUUUUGUUUCAGUAUGCGGGGACGGCGAAUUCAUUAUUUAUACUGCUCUUGCAUGGAGGAAUAAGGCAUUCGGCUCGGCUUUGGAUUUUGUUUGGGGCUCGAAGGACAACAGUAAUGAUUACGCGAUACGAGAAUCAGGUACAAGCGUGAAGAUCUUCAAGAAUUUUGUGGAGAAAAGCGGUGGUCUUGAUGUUGGUUUCCAGGCUGAAGGUUUGACUGGCGGCGUUCUACUCGGUGUUAAGGGUCAAGGCGGUAUUGGUUUCUAUGACUGGCAAAGCGGUGGGCUGGUCAGGAGGAUUGAAGUUGAGCCAACGGAAGUACGUAUGCAUGCCGUGAAAUUGUAACUUGGCGCUGAUUGAUAUAGGUAUAUUGGUCUGAAAAUGGAGAGUUGGUUGCUAUUGCAUGCGAAGAUACUUUCUACGUCCUCAGAUUCUCGCGAGAGAAUUACGUUGCGGCUCUGAAUGCCGGAGAGGUUGAUGACGAUGGAGUCGAGGCUGCAUUUGAAGUCGUCACGGAUAUCAAUGAAACGUAUGUCCCACUAACUUCACACAAGCCCGCGAUACUAACGUAACCUAGUGUACGAACAGGUGAAUGGGUAGGUGACUGCUUCAUCUAUACCAACAGCACGAACAGACUGAACUACUUGGUUGGUGAUCAAACUUAUACCAUCUCUCACUUUGAUCAACCCAUGUACUUGCUUGGAUACAUUCAGCGCGACUCUCGCAUUUACCUCGCCGACAAAGAUGUCAAUGUCACUUCCUUUGCCCUUUCUCUCGCAGUUGUAGAAUAUCAAACAUUGGUCUUGAGAGAUGACAUGGACACUGCCGCAGAAGUACUUGGCACGAUUCCGGCCGACCAGCUUAAUAAAAUUGCCCGUUUCCUCGAAGGUCAAGGACAUAAGGAAUUGGCGUUGGAAGUUGCUACUGAUAAAGAACAUAAGUUUGAGCUGGCUCUCGCAUUAGGCCACCUUCCGAUAGCCCUCGAACUUGCCCGUGAAGCAGAUGCCGAGCAUAAAUGGAAGACAGUCGGUGAUGCAGCACUUGCUGGUUGGGAUGUUGCACUUGCCGCGGAAUGCUUCAAAAAUGCCAGGGAUCUUGGUUCGCUUUUAUUACUUCACUCAAGUACUGGUAAUAGAGAGGGACUCAAAGCAUUAAGUGUACAGGCGAGCGAUGCAGGCGCUCAUAAUGUUGCGUUUACAUGCCUUUGGCAAUUGGGAGACGUUGAUGGAUGUAUUGAGUUAUUGAUCAAGACUGGUAGAGCGGCGGAAGCUGUGCUGUUUUCACAAACAUAUAAGCCCAGUGUUACGGUCAAAACCGUGCACGCAUGGAAAGAUCAGUUGGAAAACGAUAAGAAAGGGAGGGUAGCUAAGACCGUCGGUGUACCCGGUGAAGAUGAAGAGCUUUUCCCUGAAUGGGAAGAAUAUCUAAGGUUGGAGCAAGAAGCCGGUGAGAACCUUAUUGAUGUUAAUGGGGAUGGACACGAGAAGAUUAAUGGAGAUGGGCCUGAUCCUGACGCUGAAGCCGUCGGGGAGGGCUUACUAGAGACGAAAGACGAUGAGGAAGAAUCAGAGGAAGAUUAGGAGUGGCGGAAAAAACCGGGGGUUUGUGCAUUUGGGAAUUUCUCAAAGGUAGUUAUAAAAGCGACUGUAGAGAUAAAUGUUGUAUUUUGAAAGAGAAUCAAAGAUUUAGUGUUUCUAGUUUGAGCAGUGAUAGACGAUGAGUAUUUAACUUUUAUCACUCGAAACGAUGAUGAGAACAAGAGUUACUAGUAGAGGAAGAUGAGCGGAAGGACUAGUGGUUAUGAGCGAGUUUACUGUCACGAAAUCAUUUUACAGAGUGUUACGGGUAACAGUCAACCUGUCUUUACAAACUUAGACCUCCCUGAAAAGCUAAGCAACUUGUAUAUUAAUUUGUAUAGCAAUUACUUUAUAUAGUUUUCCUAUUUUCAGCAAACUCGAAUAUAUAAUCUGAUCUUAAUUAUAUGAUAGAGUCUUUAGAAGUAUAGGCUUCUGUAAGCUUCUUGGAGUUUUCAGGAAUAUAGACUUCUAGAUACUCCCGAAAUGGAUUAGUAUAUAAUCAGAAUAGUUUUA